AAAAAAAACCCUUAAAGGAGCAAAAAGCUUCAAACACACUCCCUUCACCGUAGGGUUGCAGAAGAUAAACUAACGCCCACACCCCCACCCCCACCCUCUCUCAUUCAUUCAUCUCCUAGCUAUAUCUUCCACGUCCGUCCGUCCGUCCGUCCGUCCGUCCCCCUCCUUAUAAAACCCCUCAAAUAAAAUUUAUACUUUAUAGAAACCCCAAUCAAAUCCUUCUCUCUCACUACACUUUCUCUCUCUAGAAAUUUCAGCACACAAUGGGCGCUUCUCUUCCUCCUAAAGAAGCCAAUCUUUUCAAACUCAUCGUUAAAUCAUAUGAAACGAAACAGUAUAAAAAGGGUUUGAAGGCGGCAGAUACUAUAUUGAAGAAAUUCCCAAAUCAUGGAGAAACUCUCUCGAUGAAGGGAUUAACGUUGAACUGCAUGGACCGUAAGCAAGAAGCAUAUGAGCUUGUACGGCUAGGAUUGAAGAAUGACCUGAAGAGCCAUGUCUGCUGGCACGUCUAUGGUCUUCUCUACCGGUCAGAUAGAGAUUACAGGGAAGCAAUUAAGUGUUAUAGGAAUGCGCUGAGGAUUGAUCCUGACAACAUUGAAAUACUUAGGGACCUAUCGCUUUUACAGGCACAAAUGCGUGAUCUGGCUGGUUUUGUUGAAACAAGACAACAGCUGUUGACUCUGAAACCUAAUCAUCGGAUGAAUUGGAUUGGUUUUGCAGUUUCUCAUCAUCUAAACUCAAAUGCAUCAAAAGCAAUUGAUAUUUUGGAAGCAUAUGAAGGGACUCUGGAGGAGGAUUAUCCUCCAGAAAGCGAACGUUGUGAGCAUGGGGAAAUGCUGUUAUACAAGAUAUCUUUAUUGGAGGAAUGUGGCUUACUUGAGAAAGCUCUUAAGGAGUUGCGUAGAAAAGAGUUCAAAAUUGUUGAUAAACUAUCCUACAAGGAGGAAGAGGUUUCUCUCCUUGUUAAGCUUAAUUGUCUCGAGGAAGGUGAAAAGCUCUACAGGGUGCUACUUACAAUGAAUCCUGACAACUAUAAAUAUUAUGAAGGGUUGCAAAAGUGUGUUGGACUGCAUUCAGAGACUGGCCAAUAUUCCCCAGAAGAAAUAGAUAAGUUGGAUACUCUUUACAAAUCUCUCGGGGAGCAAUACACUUGGUCUUCGGCUGUUAAGAGGAUCCCUCUAGAUUUUUUGGAUGCUCAAAAGUUUUGGGAUGCAGCGGAUAAUUAUGUUAGGCCUCUUUUAACAAAGGGAGUUCCUUCACUGUUCUCUGACCUUUCUCCUCUCUAUGAACAUGCUGGAAAGGCUAAUAUUCUUGAAAAGUUGGUGCUUAGUUUGGAGGAAUCACUUAAAAAGACAGGUGGAUUCCCUGGAAGAUCAGAAAAGGAGCCACCUUCAACGCUCAUGUGGACCUUGUUUUAUUUGGCUCAGCAUUAUGAUAAACGGAACCAAUAUGAUUUGGCUCUUGUUAAAAUCGAGGAGGCUAUGCAACAUACUCCAACAGUUAUUGAUUUAUAUUCUGUAAAGAGCAAAAUAUUAAAACAUGCUGGGGACUUUGCAGCAGCAGCUGCAUUGGCAGAUGAGGCUAGGUGUAUGGAUCUUGCAGAUCGUUAUGUAAAUAGUCAAUGUGUUAAAAGAAUGCUGCAGGCUGAUCAGGUUUCACUUGCGGAAAAGACAGCUGUAUUGUUCACAAAAGAUGGCGAACAACAUAAUAACCUGCAUGACAUGCAGUGCAUGUGGUAUGAACUUGCUUCCGGGGAAAGUUAUAUUCGCCAGGGUGAACUUGGACGUGCUUUGAAAAAGUUCUUGGCUGUUGAGAAGCAUUAUGCAGAUAUAACCGAAGACCAGUUCGAUUUCCAUUCUUAUUGCUUAAGAAAAAUGACUCUACGCUCCUAUAUUGAAAUGUUAAGAUUCCAAGACCGGCUUCAUGCUCAUGCAUACUUUCGGAAAGCAGCAGUUGGAGCUAUAAGAUGCUACAUUAAGCUGUAUGAUUCUCCUCCAAAGUCAUCAACAGAAGAAGAUGACGAACUAGCAAAAUUGCCUGCUUCCCAGAAGAAGAAAUUGAGGCAAAAACAGAGAAAGGCUGAAGCACGAGCCAAAAAAGAGGCAGAAGUGAAGAAUGAAGAAAUAAACGUUGGUGGUGUUUCCAAGUCUGGAAAACGCAAUGUAAAGCCUGUUGAUCCAGAUCCACACGGAGAGAAGUUAUUGCAGAUUGAAGAUCCUUUAAUGGAAGCUGGUAAGUACCUGAAACUGCUUCAGAAGCAUUCAUCCGAUUUCUUGGAGACACAUUUACUUUCAUUUGAAGUUAAUAUGAGGAAGCAAAAGAUCCUGCUUGCUUUGCAGGCUUUGAAGCACCUGGUACAACUAGAUGCUGAACACCCAGACACUCAUCGCUGCUUGAUAAGAUUCUUCCAUAAAGUGGCAUCACGGCCGGCUCCUACAACUGAUGCUGAAAAACUCGUUUCUGGCGUCCUAGACGCAGAACGACCGACCUUUAGUCAGCUGCAAGAUAAAUCUCUGAUUGAGGCAAACAAUGUUUUUCUCCAGCAACAUAAAGAUUCCUUGAUGCACAGAGCUGCAGCAGCUGAGAUGGUUUAUUGUUUAGAACCAAACAAGAAGGCGGAAGCCAUCAAAUUGAUCGAAGAAUCAUCCAAUAACCUAGCUUCCAGUAAUGGAUCGCUUGGACCAGUGAAAGAUUGGAUCCUGAAAGAUUGUGUUGUAGUUCACAAAAUUUUGGUGGCUACUUUUGAUGAUCAAGAUGCUGCACUGAGAUGGAAAAAUCGAUGUGCAGAGGAGUUUCCAUACUCAACCUACUUUGAAGGCAGACUCUGCUCUACUCUAACUGCAAACAAGACCCCUCAACAGGUACAUGAGAAUGCUGAAAAUGGAAGUCUUGAAUUCUCAUCGAAUGGUAAAGUAGAAAAUUUGGACGCCUUGAAGAACCUAGCCAUCUAAAAUGACCCUUGAUCAGAAUCUGUAGGAUUAGAGCAUGUUGCGGUUGUAGGAUGAGUUCCCAGAGCCCAUGUCAAAAGAACAAAACUAUUAUUUUUCAUGCUCAAAGCAGUCUUCUUUUGUUCAUGGGAUAACAAUUCCUUUGAAAUGUGUAUGAUCUAAAGUUUCUUGUGUCCGCUCGAGUCUAUUCCAACAUAUGGAAGUUGGAAACAACUUUUGAUAUACCAAAGAGCAUUGGACCUGAAGUUUAUGUGGUUAGAGACUACCUCCCCGAGCUGUUGCCUUUUAAUUAUAGUCCAGAAUCUUGAGAGUAUGUUGUACUGUGUUUUCCUGUUUUCUUUUCGUUUUUAAUUUUUUUUUAAUGUUGUAUACAUGCUAUAUUUAUUUGCAAAAAUUUUGGCAACUGAAUUUUACGAUAAAGAUGAUAUUUGAUCGAUUUUAGCCUUUGUACUCA